AUGAGGCCGUACCCAGCGCGACAGAACCCAUUUUUGCCCACCUUGGUGACCGACGACCCCAAGAUGCUGCUGGCCAAAGCGCAGUACUGCAUCUUCACCCUCGCCUACGAUCCCGUGCAGAAGUUGUUUGCUGUCUACUCCGCCACAACAAACGAGGUGGUGGUCAUGGAGGAGGCACUCAUCUGGAAGGCCGCCAUGUGGAUGGACGAGCGCAUCGGUGACGACUACAUCGCUGGGCUCCUGUUUGGCAACGACGCCUCGACCGACGUGAAGUCCGCCGCGGCGCUGCUAAGCAACAAGGCAAUGAAGAGGCUGUCGUUGGCCCCAGACACGUGGGGCAUCACGUUCCUUGCCUUCAAAGCACAACAGGAGGUUGUGAAGGGUGUGGACAUGCCUCUCGGACUCGAGCACGCUGCAUUUCUGCUGACGCAGCGUCAGUUCAAUGGCACUACCGUCGACCCAUCGGUGUACGAUGUGGGGGCCGGCACGUACAUGCCGAGCGACACGCUCAAGUCAAACGGGGCAGCGCGCAGUGCCGUUCUGGGCUGGGAGGUGCUGCUCAACGUGCAUCGCCGCUUUGGUACCCCUGGCAGCCGCAAGGCGCUGAAUCCGGUGGAGCAGAUUGUGCGACGCGUCGUGAAAGCGGUGAACGUCUUCGUGGUGGAUAUCAACGUGCGGGUCGGCAAGGGCACCAUCACGGAGGGGUACACGAUGAUUGUCACCAUCUUUGACUCACAGCGGCGCUCCCAGUCGGUACACAUGAUCCGCAGCUUAGCAGAGGAAACCGUGAAGCUCAACGCCCUCACCACGCUCCUCUAUGGCGAAGGCAGCUCGUCUAUUUCGCUGUUUGUACCAACGGCCCGCACCAGGCCGUCGCAGCUCGUGGCGUUUGCGAGGACAUGCCGCCCGAAGAGUCCGUUCUUCGUGGCGGAGAUUUCGAGCUUGGAUCCGUACUUUGGUGGGCACAGGGUCGCAAAGGGCGUUAGCGAGGAGGAAGAUCCGCGGGCAACGUGGAACCUCAUCAGGCAAAAUUGCUUCCCAGAGAAUCACCUGCGCAGGAAUGAGGAGAAAAUGGACCGCUACCUCCAUAGGGGCUUCACUGCGCUGGCAAACAAGCUCUUCUCGGAGCGUCUGCAUAAAGUCUCGCCAGCCAUAAUGAGCGCCGUGAACAGCAUUCCUGCGCAGGAAGAGGCUGCGGCCGCCUUUAAGCGCCUGGAAGAGAUGGCUGCGGAGGCGAAGAAGAACCCAGUGCCGCAAAUCACAACGGCCAGCUUUCUCAACAAGGUCAACAUCAACGACGCUGAGGUGGUAUUUGGGCUACAGCAGUGGCGCAGAAAAAUCUACGAGGAUCAAGGACGCCUGGAGCGGGAGAAGAAAGCCCUAGACGGCCUGCGCCGGUACCUCAUCCUUGAUUUGGAGACGACGACGAUACGACGCUACAAGCGUGUCGCGAACCCGUUCACCAAGGAGAACUACGUCGUCUUGUCUGGCGCUCGCGACUACAAGGGGAACGUCUUCUUGCCGAGGCGCUACUUUGACCGCAGCGUUGCCUUGCGCUACGACGAUCCGUCCGUGACAAGUCAGAACCACCUCGUUGAGAAGUCUUCCAAGGACUCGCUUUUUCUGCCGCCACUAGACGAGUACGAUGUCAUCGUCGGCCACAACAUCAAAUUCGACAUGCUGCACAUUUGGCGCGACGUUGAAUUCCGCAGGUUCCUGCGCCGUGGCGGCAAAAUAUGGGAUACCAUGUAUGCCGAGUACCUCUUGACCGGACAUGAGGUGAAGCUCGGGCACGGGGCAGGUCUGGAAGAUGUAGCGAAGAGCUACGGCGGCCAAACAAUGAAACUGGAUGCUGUGAAGCAGGCGUGGUCAGAGGGGAAGGAGACGUACGAGAUCCCGUACAGCACUCUCACAGAGUACCUCCACGGUGAUCUGGAGAACACCGAGCUCAUUUUCUGCAAGCACAUGGAGCGGGCCCUUGAGCAGCGGCAGGUCAUUAUCUGCUGUGCGCGGAUGGAGGGGCUUCUGUGCACGACGGAGAUGGAGUACAACGGGCUCAAGACAAACCUCGACUUAGCUCAGCGACAAAGCAAUGAAUUGACGACGAAGGUAUCGGAACUGCGCCGACAGUUGGAGGAGUCAAUCCCGCACGAGAUUCCGCACGACUGCCGCAAGUUCUUCAACUGGUCCUCAAAUCAACACCUCAUCACAUUCUUCUUUGGCGGUAAUCUCACGCUGAGCACGAACGCGCGGGAAAGCAAGCCGCUGACGGGCGAGCUGUUUGCGCGUCACACGUUGUUCCUCCGCUCCGAGUACUUCCCGCGGUCUGCGUACCCGAAUGGCGUCUUUCUGCGACCACCAGUGCACGUCCUUGGCAUCGGUGACUGCGUGGUUAUGGCGGGGCUUCCCUCUGAGAAGGGCACGCGCCUCUUCCGCGGUUACCUGGAGGCGUACAUGCGACAGGCGAACUUCCGCAAGAGCUCAUCGAUUUUGGAGAGUUUGCGGCGAGAGGCAACGACGGUGUCGCGGCUGGAUGCCGACAAGCGCGGCGAGACGUCAGCCCUGGCCAACCUGCUGCCGCGCCGCCAUCUCUUCCUCUUCGCGGCGCUCACCAUGAGCAGUAACGACGGCAUUGCGAAGUUUUUCGUCAAGAACCCGAUCAGCGGCGAGUCCGUGACAAUCACGGAGAGCGACAGGGCGGAGCAGCUGGAGCGGUUUGUGAGCGCUCAAGUAGCAAAGCAUACAGAGAUGAUCAUGCCUAUUGAGGACGACGCUUCGCUGAAGGACGCGGCGUUUGCAGGCGCGCACGUGACUAUUCUAGCGCGCGAUGCCGGCUUCUCUUUCAUGCACUUUAUCCACAGCGAUGCGGGGCUGACUCGGUACUUGGAUGCGCACGCCGGCUACGUUGACACGGUUGACCCAAAGCUGCGCUACAACAUCUCUCUCGCUGACACGGUAGCCAUCUUUGCCUACUACAAAUACCACUACGUGAACGAUGUGAACGCGAAGCUAAGCAGCUCGAGGCAGAGAGGCAGCAGCACCAGCGGCAGCGCCGUCGACUCGUUUGGACCUGUCAUCCCGGCAAAGGCGCUGCCGAAGGUGGGGAGGCGCAACAAGCUGAGCAUCGCCGAGGCCUUCAAGAAGGCGCUUCUGCAGGAGUCAUUGAUGAAGCCGGAGGAGUGGUGCAACUACUACAUUGACAUCUUUUUCCACAUCGCCAACGCGGCCCUGCAGCACGAGGCGCUCUCGACGGAGCCACCCAAGUCACGCAAGGGAAAGAAGAGGGAUGCAGCACGUGUCGACGACGACCUUCCCGUACUGUUGCGGCAGCGGCGCGCUUUUGUCGGCUACUACAAUUCGCUGCCUGAUGCCGAGCGAAAGCGGCUGGCGCUUAUGUGUCUGGUGGGCAAGACGGCCUCCUCAGCGUACGACUGCUUUGCCAUCCCAUGCGCUCACGAUGAUCUCGUCAAGGUGAGCAUCAAGGGCCGGCUUGCGCAGUACAUCCCAAAUGAGCUGGAGGCGGAGCAGGUGAUGCGCCGCUUCCGCAGCUCCACGACACGCCAACUGCAGGUCGGCGAAGACAGCCUUAGUUACUUUAAGUCUAACCAUGACGACAAGACCGCCAGUAUUAUCCUUGAGUUGCGCGCGCUCGAGAAGCUAAUCGGUACCUACUACGAGAGCACUGAUGGCGGCACUGGAAUGGUGUCGCUCGUGCACUCGACGGACAGCUGCAUCCACCACGAGCUGAUCCACAACAAGACCAAUACCGGACGUCUGGCGAGUGCCAACCCGAACUGCCAGAACAUUCCCAAGGAGGACAAGUCAAGCUUGCGAGACAUGUUCAUCAGUCGCUUCGGUGACAAGGGUAUGUGCAUCGAAGCAGACUACUCACAGCUGGAGGUUGUGGCGCUCGCUGUCCUCGCAUCCGACGAACAGAUGCUUGAAGACUUGCGGCAGAACGUGGACUUUCACUGCAAGCGUGUGACGAUGAUGCGACCCGAUCUCAAGUACACAGACGUGCUGCAGCGCGCCAAGAAGAACAAGGAGCUGGAGUUCGUGAAGCUGCGACAGCAGGCGAAGAUCUUCUCCUUCCAGCGGCAGUACGGUGCUGGCGUGCGGAUGCUGAGUCAGAGCACUGGACUCACUCAGGAUCAGGUGCGCAUGCUCAUCGAGAAGGAGAAUGAGACUUAUCGUGGCGUCGAGGUGUUCAACAAGAUGGUAGCCUUAUCGGCGAACAGCUACGACGCAUCGCUGCAGAACGGUGUACGCAACGUUCGAGGCCACCAGUUCUUCAAGGGCAUGUUCCCCGUGCUCACGGGCAGCCGCUACGUCUUCACAGAGUCGGAUGUCCCUGAGGGAAUGCUGCGCGAACGGGACGCGGUGCGCAAGUCAACGAAUUUCUCACCGACACACCUCAAGAACUACCCCGUGCAGGGCUUCGCUGGCGAGAUUGUACAGGUGAUGCUCGGGGUGCUGUGGCGGCACUUCCUCGCCAACAACAAUUACAACGGCCUUGCGGUGCUCACGAACACAGUGCACGACUGCGUGUGGGUGGACUGCCAUGUCUCGGUGUACCGGCAGGUGGCCAAGGAUGUAGAGCUGAUCAUGAACGGAGUGCAGACGGUGCUCAAUGCCUUGUACCCUGAGAUGCAGGUGGCCGUGGAUUUCCCGUGCGAUGUGGUGGCUGGGGAGAGCAUGGGUGCACUGCGGCCCAUCGAGGAGGAAACGACGCUCUAG